UCAAUUUCUUUUAAAAUUAUGGAACGACAUGAACAGUGAGAAUUCGUAUAGCAGAUCUUAUAUGUUUGCGAUUGAAGUCUACUAGUUAAAAAAAAAAAGGCAGCUCGGUGCACUAAGCUCCCGCUAUCCACGUGGUCCGGCGAAGGGACAGACCACAAGAUCCUGUUGUACGCAGUCUUAACUUGCAAUUUUGCAAGAAGCUGUUUCCACAGCUCGAACCCGUGACUUCCUGAUCACAUAGUAACAAUAUUACCAGUUACGCCAAGGCUCUCCUUCUGAAGCAUACUAGUUAUUGUAAUAUUUAGGUACAAAAAAGGACAGCCCCAUGCACGAAGCAUCCUGCGGUCAUGUCGGAUGGGGGAAGGAUUGCACCCUAAUUAAGGGGUGUAACGUAGGCUGCCUAAAUAUUAGUGGUUUGAUUCCACGGCUCAAACUCUUGAGUUCUACUGAAUGUUAUGGAAGUGAUGCAACACAGUUUCCUUCAAGCAACUUCUUUGCAGCAGCUGGGGAAGGGAUUUGGGACAAUGGAGCUGCUUGUGGUAGACAGUAUUUGAUCAGUUGCAUUAACUCAGUAUUACCUAGAGCUUGUAAACAUGUAGAAACAAUUCAGAUAAAGAUCGUUGACCGGGCACAAACUGCACUCUCUAAGCCUACUAAGGAAGGCACAACCAUGGUCCUUUCUAAUGCAGCUCUUACUGCCAUUGCUGAUCCAAAUGCACCUUCCCUCAAUAUUGAUUUCCGACAGGUCUAGAAAUUAAUGUUGCUGCAGGAUUUGGGAGUCAUAUUCUCUACAUUUCAAGAAUCUGACUAAUUAUCUUUGGCAUUCUAGAAUGAUUCAUUGAUAAAUCCGUCAGGUUUUAUUAGUCAUUUGACUAAUUAUAGGUUGAUCUGAUGGAUCGAGAAAUUUGUCAAUGUGAACGAACAAAAUAUGAUUGAUUAACCACUUUUUUAGAAAACUAGACACCUUCAUCUGCAGGCAAAUGUCUUUAUCUUAUUUAUCCUUGAGAUUAUAUGUUUUUUAUUAUUAAAUAGAUAGAUUCUAGAAUAUUCAUUUACGAUAAAUGGUCUCUGUCCAUGUAUUCGAUCAAGAGUAUUUCCAUAGAAGUAGUGCAAGUUUGUAAAUAUUUGACAUUUCAAAUUCGAAUAGUUUAUUCGUCUUCAAAUAGCUUGUUCGAUCUA